AUUCGUUUUCUUUCAACCAGCUGAUAAUGUAGUGUCAUUAUAAAAUUUACAUACAAAAGAUUUGAAAUAAAAUAGUUUACGAGUGCAAUUGCACAUUAAAAGGUGUUAAGGCAUGGCUGACUACGAAUUGAUGAACGAGCCGUCACAAUCGCAGUCAUGGUGGCGCAUAGCAGCAUUAAUGGCACUCUAUAUGCUAACCACGAUAUUGGUAUUUCUUUUGUGGAGCUCGGCUUACGAUAAUAUAUAUUAUCCGCCAGAUGUGCAAGCUGUUCCCGAUUUUUGGUAUCGUCGCGCCAACUUGUACGCCAAUAGCGUACAUGAGAGUACGCUUUCGCAUGAUUUUCGUUUGGUCAAAAAUCAAUCAGUGCGUGUAAAAUUACAAAAUCCCGCAUAUGCAGCCGAUAGCAGCUUAAAUGGUUUGAGUCAGCAACAAAAAGUAAAACCUAGUGCACCACAACUAGUUAAAAAUGCACCACCCACUAUGAGCACAGCGCCAGAGGUGCGUUUAGUGUGCUAUUAUACAGUACCCGAUCCAGAGAAUGAAUUUGAUGACUUACGUUUGGCCAAUGUCAAUGCCGAACUAUGUACCCACAUUAAUGUGGGCAUGGUUAGUGUUAGUGCGAGUAAUGGUCAGUUGAUUAUAACCGAAAAUUUGCGUCGCAUAUUAAAGGAAGAUGUGCUUGUGUUGCGCACAAUAAACCCAGCUUUAAAGUUAUUACUGUGGAUUGGUGGUGGCGCGAAUAGUGAUGGCUUUCCGGCAAUGGUGAAAAAUCAUACCACACGCAAAAUGUUUUUGCACUCAGUCAAACUAACGUUGGCUAUGUAUAAGCUGGACGGCAUUGAUUUGGAUUGGGAAUUUCCCAGCGCAUACAAUAAGGAACGCCAACAUUUUUCGCAAUUAAUAUACGAAAUACGUCAGGAGUAUAGGCGUGAACACCGUGAUUACUUGCUGACUGUAGCUGCAGCUGCACCGGAAGGAAUUGCUGUCUUCGCUUACGAUGUGCAGAUGCUAAAUCAGUAUGUGGACUAUGUGAGUCUAAUGACAUACGAUUACCAUUCCUACUCACAUGGUACACCUUUCACAGGUUUGAAUGCACCGUUAUAUGCACGCCCUAACGAACGUUCGAUACUUGGCACAUUGAAUAUUAAUUAUUCGGUUAACUGGUGGCUCACCAAUGGUUUGGAUCGUAAAAAAUUGGUAGUUGGCUUGCCCACCUAUGGACAUUCAUUUACUUUGGUGAGCUCUUUGAACAAUGGUGUUGGUGCACCUGCUGAAGACAUCGGUCAUUGUGGUAGUAUGGGUUUCACUUCCUAUUCAGAACUUUGCUGGUUUAACACGCAUAACUUAGUAGUUCAUGAAACAUAUGAUCAAUCAACUUGUUCACCCUAUCUUAGUAGUGGCACUGAAUGGAUUUCUUACGAAAACGAGACUAGUAUUGCUUGUAAAGCACUCUAUGUGAAAGCACAUCAACUUGGUGGCGCUAUGAUAUUCUCUUUAAAUACAGAUGAUAUAAAGGGCUAUUGUCCCCGCGCCUAUAAAACCAAAUUUCCACUUGUGGAAACUGUCAAAUCAAUUCUAUUUAGCAAAAGCUGAACAAAUGAUGCUGGAAAGUGGUUCAGUGAAAAUUAUUGCGUGAUAUGAAAUUCCAAAGAGCACACAUAUGUAUGCUUGCAGCCCAACAGGCGCAUCAACGCCUAAUUUGUUAGACACUAAGCAAGUUAUAAAGUAUAAGUAGUAGUAAAUUAGGAAUUUUAAGAUGUUUUAAAUAGCGAAAUGUGCAUUACGCCGGAUUUUAUUUAAUUCUCAAAUAAAUAUACAUGUGAAGUUAAGCAUA